UUCACUUGCAGUACUUCCGUCUGCUCAUUUCCUUUCUUUUCUUUUUGUUGUUGUUAUCGACUUUAAAACUUUUGCGUGGCUUAUUUCGUGAAUAGAACGGACGGAAGAAGCGCGAGUUUUCCCUCCGGUCUAAUAAAUUCGUCCGAGUUUAGCUUGUUAGCUGCGCACAAAACGAUUCGGACGAUGGCAAACAUGCAAAGUUCAGUCAAGCGUUGAUGCUGCGUGGAUCAAUGAGGGCAGAACUGUUUGUGGAGGACCCGCGACGAGGACCCUUGUGGAGCAAAAGAAGCCAAAUCCCGGACGCUGUUUUUAAGAUUCCGAUGGACUCGCCCGCAGCAGAUGUCCCGCAACUGCUGGUGAGCCUCCCCCGCAUUAAAGAGGAAGAAGACGAACCGCAGUGGAAGGAAGAGAAGCAAAACGAUUCCUCCUGCAUCAAAGAGGAAAAGGACGAAUUGGACAUCAGUCAGGUCGGCGGCGAGCGUGUUGAAGGUUCGCGCGCGAAGGAGGAGGAAGACGAGGAGGCCGCCAUCAGCUCGGUCCUGCCCAGUCGCGUCACUGGAACGGAACCAGAAGUUGGACCGUCGCAGCUUGCUGCCAGUCCACGUCAAUCGGAAGUAGACGGUCUCGUACCUCCGCUGACGGACUCUCCUGAAACGGGCGCCGAAAGGAGAGAAACGUCGUACAGUUGUCGGCGCUCCCCGGAAGGGUUGACGAGGAGGACGCUUUUGGAGUCGCACAUGAGAAUGCACACGCCAAAGGAACAGUCGUCUCGCUCGCUUUGCUCUCGGAAGUUGAAGUCACACGUCAGGGCACGCGAGGGAGAGAAACCACUUCUUUGCUCUGCUCUCUGCGGCGAAGGACUCUGUCACGAUUGCGGUUUUACUGAGCACAGGAGGUCGCAACUUGGAAAAAAUUGUGCCCUUUGUGCCGAGUCGCUCGCUUCCAAGUGCAACUUGAACAUCCACACGAGAAGGCACGGCGGGAAGAAACCCUUUUCUCACCGCAAAGAAUUCGGCAACACACACACUUUGGUCAGCCGCACGAGGUCACACGCAGGAGAAAAGCCUUUUUCUUGUACCGCUUGCGCUAAGACGCGGCGCAACGGGAAGGCCCGCGUGCGGCGACAACACGCUGCAGAGAAUCCAUUGGAUUGCUCAAUUUGUGGGGAAAGCUUCACUCUGAAACGUCAUCUGACUGCACAAUCGAAAUCACACGUGAGAAAGAAACCCUUUUGCUGCUCGGUGUGCGCGCGGGCCUUUGUUUACAAAAGCAGAUUGAAGACGCACUUGGAAAAACACACCGCGGAGGAACUGGCCCCUUAUUACCGGCGCGAGCGUGAGCGCACCCGAAAGAAAAGCAGAAAGUUCAAGUUGCAGCCGAGAGCCAAAGCUUCUUCCCAGUAUUGCUGCGUGCCUUUGUGCCACGCGUCUGCUCGGUACAACGGCGUUCUGAGUUAUUUCUCGUUUCCCGCCGAUGAGGAGAUCCGACGUCGGUGGACGGUCGCCAUCCGCAGGGACAACUACCGCGUGACGAAUCACAGUUGGGUGUGCAGCCGCCAUUUUCAAAAAGAGGACGUGCGCGGGCCGGCGUCGGAGAAAGGACGGCGAGGGCUAAAAAGAGGAGCCGUCCCCGUCCUGUUCGAGUGGAACAACUACUCCUUCCCCUCUGGGAGACCGGAAGAAGCGACAGCCGACCGCGAACACGCCGUCAGUUGGCCGGCCGACGCCGGGCAAAAGAGCAACCCUCCCGCGGGAAAUCCGCCGGCCGCGACGGAAGUGGCGAAGGUCGGGACGUCUUGUCCUUCUGGCGGUCGCCGGUUCCUCUGUGAAAACCGGCUCCGCGGGUCCGGCGGCCAAAACCUUUCGGAAGCGAGCCCGAGCGAAGGAGGCGCGUCGGACGCCUUUGGAGAUUGGAAGAUUCUGAAAGAGGAAGCGAAGCCUCCGCUGAAAGAAACUAACGUGAAGGUCAGGACGUCGCUGCUGCCCACGAGCGCCUGCGGAAUUUCGGUGGGCCUGAUGCAGCUGGUCGACGGCGUCCUGAAACCUUUGCGGGGGACGGUCCUCCCCCUGUGGGUCAAAAAGGGCUCGGACGCCGAGGAACUGCGACACGCGGCGCUGCGAAGGCUGCGGGCCUUCAUCCAGAACUUCCCGAGCGCUCCCUGCGUUGUGCUGUACCGCGACGGUUCGAAGGUCGUAAAUAUUGCGGCGACAAAGAACCGAUUCUCGUUGGAAGACCACAAGAAGGCCGCGGGGAAGGCGUACCAACGCAUCACGUUGUACGUUUGCACGGCGGACGACUUCCUCGCCUACUCUCAGACGAGCGCCACCCGUUCCGAGGAUUCCCAUCCCGAGGCGGCCGUGACGGGCUCGGACGGUUUUGCGCCGCGCUCCAUAAUCCAGUUGAAAUGAUCGGAAUCAUUUAUAAAUUUAUGAAUCGUUUUAUGAGCAAAGGUGCAGUAACAACCCCCCCCCCCCCCCCGAACAUCACAGAGUACAAAAAAUAAAAGUGAUGGGAUCCCAAAGAGACCAUUUGGACUAUCAAGCUCCUGAAGUGGAAAGAGACAAAAUUCAAACCUACACUAAAGAUUACGGCAAGAUACACACAAAACGUUGUUGGGGAAAACAAUUAAUGGAGCAGCUCACACGUCGUAAAAUUAGUCACUUCAUUUGGAAACUAUUGCCUCAACAAAUAUGUAUUUUGCCUGUCACGUCAAUAAGUACACCAGGAUAGGACAAGUCGGCGUAUCGCGAUACUUUUACCGGCGUUCCGUUUUCAGGAUUCCCCAAAAAUGUAAAUGUAAUCUGGGUCAACUAUACAAAACAACAAGUGAUGAAUUUAUGAAAAAUGAGGAUUACACAUUGUACGUUUUAAAUAAAGUUCUAUAAAAAAAAAAAUAGCACUACCGGUGACCUCAUCACCCGUGCGCCACGUGACGUCAUCUGUCCCGCGUCCGAUACGGCUGAAAACACCGCCGACGAUCUUGUGCUAUUUUCUUUUGGUUCGGAACAAAGGUGGGAUUUUGGGCCUCGCGCUUCUUCGAACCCUGGACGACUUUGCGGGCCUGUUGAGCUCGUUAGCCGCGUCGCUAGUGAGCAAGAUGAGCUAAAAUAAGGAAAGCUAAGCCGCGUUUGUCGUCGGGCGGAG